ACAUGUAAGUCACCCGGCUUGCUUUAGCAUUUAAUAACAUUUCAUACCCAGAAGCAGCCUGUGGAAUAGGAAUCGACUAACUGAACCCGAUUACACCCCUCCCCUGCUGGGUGUGACAUUUGGGCCAGUCUCUCAUCUUGGCAGUAUCAUCCAGCCCCAUUGAAGGCAAACAGCAAACCUCUCUCUUUAUCAAGCCCUUGCAGCCUUGAGCACUCUCACUAUGCCUUCAGCCUUUGCUACCAACAUGAGGUUCAAAUUCUCUAUCCUGGCGAUUUUUCUGGAGGUGUUAAUUAUUGUUUUAUUUGGGAUAUUUGUAAGAUAUGAAGACAACCAGCCCAGCAAAAAGGAUAAACUAUCACUAUAUCCAUUCUUUCAGGAUGUCCAUGUGAUGAUAUUUGUUGGGUUUGGUUUCUUAAUGACCUUCCUGAAGAAAUAUGGAUUCAGCAGUGUCGGUAUCAACAUGCUCAUUGCUGCGCUUGGACUCCAGUGGGGUACCCUGAUGCAAGGAUUUUGGCACAUGAAGAAACAAACAAUUAAUAUUGGCAUCGAAAGUAUGAUAAAUGCAGACUUCAGUACAGCCACCGUCUUGAUUUCAUUUGGAGCUGUCUUGGGGAAAACAAGUCCAGUCCAGAUGCUGAUCAUGACCAUUCUGGAGAUCACAAUCUUUUCAUGCAAUGAACAUCUUGUUGUGAACGUAUUAAGGGCCACUGAUACUGGAGCAUCAAUGACUAUCCAUGCUUUUGGAGCCUAUUUUGGAUUGGCUGCAGCGCGAGUCUUGUAUCGUCCUGGUCUGAAAGAGGGACAUAAAAAUGAAGAGUCAGUCUACCACUCGGACAUGUUUGCCAUGAUUGGUACCCUUUUCCUUUGGCUGUUUUGGCCCAGUUUUAACUCUGCCAUUGCGCACCCUGAUCUCCAGCAGAGGGCGAUCAUUAACACUUACUUUUCUAUGGCUGCAUGCACACUCACAGCCUUUGCCCUCUCAAGCCUGGUCGAACACAGAGGCAAGUUGGAUAUGGUUCACAUUCAAAAUGCCACCCUAGCAGGAGGAGUAGCAGUGGGUUCCUGUGCCGACAUGAGCAUCUACCCAUUUGGUGCUAUGUUAAUUGGUAGUAUUGCUGGUGUCAUCUCUGUCAUCGGGUUCAAGUUCUUGACUCCAUUCUUUUCUUCUAAACUGAAAAUUCAUGACACGUGUGGUGUCCAUAAUUUACAUGGUUUACCUGGAUUACUGGGAGGUCUUGCAAGCAUCAUUGCCGCUGUGGCACAUGUCAAAUUGAGGGAGACUGACUCUCCUUCUGCUCCCAUGCAGGCUGCUGCCCUGGGUUGUACCAUUGGGAUUGCUUUGGUAGGAGGAGCAUUUGCAGGUUUGGUUCUAAAUUUGCCUUUCUUGGGACAAGCACCUGAUGAGAACUGCUAUGACGACUCCGUUUACUGGGAGGUUCCAGCAGAAGAGAGACAACCUGCUGGUCAGUUCAGUGACUCUGGGGAUCACAGAACAGUCAACAUCAAUGUGUAGGAUGAAUUCUCCAUCAUUAAUUCCUGUCCUCGUGGUGCUGUUUCCAGUUUCUAAUUGAAAGAGAGACAACAUCUAAAUAUCAUGCACACCACUCAUUCUUUUCAAUACGUAAAGGCAGGUGUAGAUAGCUGUAUUCUUUUUAAAACCCAAACAAACUUUAUUUAGAAUGUCAUCACUGACAAAUGUGAUACACACAAUGCAAACGCAUUUGAGGAUCCUUGAUAUACAUUUUAUUUUUCUAACCUGAAAAAUGCUAACUGAUAUGCAGUAUUCUUUGUAUUUUAACCAUCCGUCAUCACUGAGGUUGUUUUAACAUACAGAUUUCCUAUCUAUGUGUUUCUAAUGUGCUUUUUACCCUGGUAUCAUAUUUGACUGCAAAAUUUCAGAUUUGGGAAUGUUUCUUUUUACACAUUGAACAUGCUGAAUCAUGAAAGACUUACAAACAUACCCUUUAACCUACUAGGUGUAAUCAAUUAGAGGCCGAAGGGGAAUCAGUUGGUGUAGGUUAUUUAGAUUUCCAAAAGGUUUUCCACUAAAAUGUCCUUAAAUUUCAGCAAGGGCGGUUUAGGUUGGACAUUAGGAAAAACUUCCUAACCGUCAAGGUGGUUCAGCACUGGAAUAAAUUGCCCAGGAAGGUUGUGGAAUCUCCAUCAUUGGAGCUUUUUAAGAGCAGGUUAGACAAACACCUGUCAGGGAUGGUCUAGAUAAUAUUUAGUCCUGCCAUGAGUGCAGGGGAGUGGACUAGAUAAACUCUCAAGGUCCCUACCAGUCCUGUGAUUCUGUGAAACCUUCCUUACCUCACUCUGGGUCAAGAGAUGAAUCCUGCCAUAGAUUAAAAACUGGAUAAGCGAUAGGAAUCAAAGUAUUGGGAAUUUAUAGCUAAUUCUAAGUAUGAAAAAUGGGUAACAGUGAGACAUCCCAGGCAGCAGUAUAAUAAUCAGGUUGUGAUGUUGGCAGAGCAGGUGCCAGCUCUUUUCAAGACUUCAGGCAUUAGCUAAGAACUGACAAACUCAUAGCUGGAGACCAGAUCAUUACACCUGUAUGUUAGUUUUGUUCAAAAUAGGUGUUAGUCAUAUAAGACUGUUUUUAAUGUUUAGACUCUAUGAGAUGCUUCUAAGUUGCUGCAUGCCUUAAUCUCACUCAUAAUGUCUAUAUUCCAGGCUAUAAGAAAAUAUGUACGUUUUACUUUGUAACUUUGAAAAUGUUUGCUAUGAAUUUGUGAACCCAUGCAAGGGAAUUCCCCCUCCCCCAGCCCAUCCAGGAGAGCUAUCAACAUUUAAGUGGGCCAUUAAUUGCUCCAUCCACCCAUGGAGAAGUACAUGUAGAAGGACUUGCCCCAUCCCUUUGAAUGCUGGAAGAGGGAAAUAAAAGUACUGGACAUGAAGAUUUUUCCUCUCUUUUGCUGUUUGAAAUCUCAAAGGGCCAGAGAAACCAAACUGAAGCUGGAGACCCCCCCGGGCUUACCUCCUGGGCCCGCCCUGAAAGAUACUUUGGAUGGACAGAUCACUGCAACUCUGUCACUCUUAGAGUAUGGCUACACUUGCGGCUGUACAGCGCUGGGAGUUAAACCUGUCUUCGUACAGCUGAGUAGGGGAAGUGCUGCAGUCUGUCCACACUGACAGCUACCAGCGC